AGUGUGCAAAUAUUGCAUAGCAUGACUGGUGUAUUUGUAGUCAUCUUUCGUUGAAUGUAAAAUAUAUGUGCUUUAUCGCAUUAGUGAAUAAUGUCAAGUGAUUUGAUAGAGUAUACAUACUCUAAAAUUCUAGUAAUUUUUUUAAUAAUUGCUACAAAAAAAGUCAGUGUGGUUUGCAAAAAGCACAAUAUUUAUGUAGCAGUGAAAGGACAGCCAAAUUCUAAAGAUACGUGAUCUAUUGUGUCAGCAAAUAAAUAGAGGGCCAGGAGUGGGUGUGGAGGGAGAGGCUGGAGAUGUUGGACAGAGCACGGCCCGUCUCCUGAACGUUCAAUGUUCUCCUCGGGCAUCGGCUGUAACCUUCCUUUUCCCAGCUGUCUGGGGUUCCCCACGGAGACGGAGGAACUGCUCCCCAAGAUGGCGAGGGAACCUGUCAUCCUUAACGUCUACGACAUGUACUGGAUUAAUGAAUACACAACAUCAUUGGGGCUUGGUGUCUUCCACUCAGGUGUAGAAGUAUACGGCACUGAAUACGCUUAUGGUGGCCAUCCUUUUCCAUUUUCUGGAAUUUUUGAAAUCUCUCCUCGUGAUGCUGAAGAACUAGGUGAACAGUUUCAGUUCAGGCAGUCUGUUCACGUCGGCCACACGGACUUCACAGAGGACGACGUGAAGAGAAUAGUAGCCGAACUGGGAAAAGACUUCCGAGGCGAUCGUUACCAUCUCAUGAACAAGAACUGUAAUCAUUUCUCUGGCUCUUUCACACAGAUCCUGUGCGGCCAGGAGAUCCCGUCGUGGGUGAACCGCCUGGCGUACUUCAGCUCGUGCGUGCCGUUCCUGCAGCGCUGCCUGCCGCGCGAGUGGCUCACGCCCAUGGCGCUGCAGCACUCGCUCAGCUCGCACCAGGAGAACUCCCCCGACACGUCCUUGUAACACCGGCCGCGAGGCGCCGCGUCGCUCCCAUGUGCGAGGUGUCUGCUGGGUCCCCGAGGAGUCGUCACAGUCACUGAAAACACAGCAAGUCAUUCAAGCAUGCUGCUCUUCAUUGAAACCUGUAGAUCACCUUAAGAUUAAUCAAUGUUUAAAUGCUGAUGAGAUGUUUUGAUAAGAGUACACUUUUUACUAUACCACUCAUUUUGAAAUUGGGCAAAAAGAAACAAUAAUUCAAUAAUUUUCAAAAAGGGAACAGAUACUUCCUGUGUUUUCAUCAGUUUACGUGUGGUUUUGAGAAGUCAAGAAAAAAAAAAUCCUUUUUUUUUAUGCAUUGGCAACCCAGCAGACAUCUUGUCACUUGCAUUUUAAGAAUUUGUGAAUACACUGCAUUUGUAUUAAAAACAAAAAAAAGAAAGAGGCAGCACAAAAAAAAUUAUGGAGCAUUAUAAAUAUGCUGUGCAACAGAUUAACGAAACUCUGAGGUACUAGCAGAACAGUGAGACUGAGCUUUCGUGCGGGAAUAUUUGAAUUCAAACGAGAGCUUUAAACUGAAAGUGCAGCAAUUGUGCGAGUGGUUAUGAAUUUUCCAAGUCAACUCCGUGUUUAGGUACAUGUGCAUGGCAUGCGAGAAGAAUAAGUUCAAAAUAUUUUUCAACUGUUGGUGUUCUAACACAAUGGUCGGAGCUCUACACAUGUUAUUACUACAAGGUAUUGUUUUUAUUUUGCACUGUUUAGCAAUGCAACAGUUAGUAUGUACAUUGUCAGUAGUACAAGAAAGUUAUUGAUGUAGUUAUUGUUGUUGAACCGGCUGGUAAGAGCUAUCUCCUUUGUGGUUUAAAUUUUUUAUAGUUAAAUGUUUUGUGCUAUUUUUUUUUUAUAAGUUUUUGAUCAGCCAAAGUAUGUGAGAAAAUAACUUUAUGGUACCAGAAAGUUAAUUAUAUUAUUGUAUGGAAAGUCAUAAACCUAAGUAUCAAAGCA